AUGCGUAACUCAGCUAUGAUAUCAAAUGAAAAACAGGAUGAUAAAAUAGCAAGAGCAAAAGAGGAAGUUAAUUUUCUAAGUCAGUCAUAUAUAAUUAUACCUUCACCUAAGAGUUUUUGUUCUGCCACUAUCAAAAGUUCUUUGAUAUUAGCAUCAUUAUUCAAAGCUGCAUCCCAUAAAGGUUGUCUUAAAGCAAACAAUUCUU